CGCCGCUCAGCGGGGGCGGGGAAGGGGCGCGGGCGGUGCCUCCGCUGGGGUUGGCGCUGAGUGGAGAGGGCGGGGAAAAGGCGGCGAAUUGAGGGGAGAGCGGGAGGGGCGGGAGAGGGGCGGCCCGAACAUGGCCGACCAGAUUCCGCUGUACCCGGUGCGCGGCGUCGCGGCGGUCGCAGCCAACCGCAAACGCGCGGCCUACUACAGCGCUGCGGGGCCCGGGUCGGGAGCCGACUGGCGCGGCAGGUACCAACUGGAGGAUGAGUCUGCACAUUUGGAUGAAAUGCCACUAAUGAUGUCUGAAGAAGGCUUUGAGAAUGAGGAAAGUGAUUACCAUACCCUACCACGAGCCAGGAUAACGCAAAGGAAAAGAGGACUGGAGUGGUUUGUCUGUGACGGCUGGAAGUUCGUCUGCACCAGUUGCUGUGAUUGGCUGAUAAAUAUUUGUCAAAGAAAGAAAGAACUGAAAGCUCGCACAGUAUGGCUUGGAUGUCCCGAAAAGUGUGAAGAAAAACAUCCCAAGAAUUCUAUAAAAAAUCAAAAAUACAAUGUGUUUACCUUUAUACCUGGGGUUUUAUAUGAACAAUUCAAGUUUUUCUUGAACCUCUAUUUUCUGAUAAUAUCCUGCUCACAGUUUGUACCAGCAUUGAAAAUAGGCUAUCUCUACACCUACUGGGCUCCUCUGGGAUUUGUUUUGGCUGUUACUAUGAUGCGGGAAGCAAUUGACGAAUUUCGGCGUUUUCAACGUGACAGGGAAGUGAAUUCCCAGCUAUAUAGCAAGCUUACAGUAAGAGGUAAAGUGCAAGUUAAGAGUUCAGACAUACAAGUUGGAGACCUCAUCAUAGUGGAAAAGAAUCAAAGAAUUCCAUCGGACAUGGUGUUUCUUAGGACUUCAGAAAAAGCAGGUUCGUGUUUUAUUCGAACUGAUCAACUAGAUGGUGAAACUGACUGGAAGCUGAAGGUGGCGGUGAGCUGCACACAACGGCUGCCGGCUCUCGGGGACCUGUUUUCUAUCAGUGCUUACGUUUAUGCGCAGAAACCACAACUGGAUAUUCACAGUUUUGAAGGCACAUUUACCAGGGAAGACAGUGACCCGCCCGUUCAUGAAAGUCUCAGCAUCGAAAAUACAUUGUGGGCAAGCACCAUUGUCGCAUCAGGUACUGUAAUAGGUGUUGUCAUUUAUACUGGAAAAGAGACUCGAAGUGUAAUGAACACAUCCAAUCCAAAAAAUAAGGUUGGUUUAUUGGACCUUGAACUCAACCGGCUGACAAAAGCACUAUUUUUGGCUUUAGUUGCUCUUUCCGUUGUUAUGGUAACCUUGCAAGGAUUUGUGGGUCCAUGGUACCGCAAUCUUUUUCGGUUCCUUCUCCUCUUUUCUUACAUCAUUCCCAUAAGUUUGCGUGUGAACUUGGACAUGGGCAAAGCGGUGUAUGGAUGGAUGAUGAUGAAAGAUGAGAACAUCCCUGGCACAGUCGUCCGGACCAGCACUAUCCCGGAGGAGCUGGGACGCCUGGUGUAUUUACUGACAGACAAAACAGGAACCCUCACCCAGAAUGAGAUGGUAUUUAAGCGGCUCCACCUGGGCACCGUGUCCUAUGGAGUGGACACCAUGGAUGAGAUCCAGAGCCACGUCAGGGACUCCUACUCACAGAUGCAUUCUCAAGCUGGUGGAAACAAUGCCGGUUCAACUCCACCAAGAAAAGCCCAGUCUUCAGCUCCCAAAGUCAGGAAAAGUGUCAGUAGUCGAAUCCAUGAAGCCGUGAAAGCCAUAGUGCUGUGCCACAACGUGACCCCUGUGUAUGAGUCUCGAGCUGGCGUUUCUGGGGAGACGGAAUUUGCAGAGGCUGACCAAGACUUCAGUGACGAGAACCGCACCUACCAGGCUUCCAGCCCCGAUGAGGUCGCUCUGGUGCAGUGGACGGAGAGUGUGGGCCUCACACUGGUCAGCAGGGACCUCACCUCCAUGCAGCUGAAGACCCCCGGCGGCCAGGUCCUCAGCUUCUGCAUCCUGCAGCUGUUCCCCUUCACGUCCGAGAGCAAGCGGAUGGGCAUCAUCGUCAGGGACGAAGCCACGGCAGAAAUCACGUUUUACCUGAAGGGCGCUGAUGUGGUCAUGUCCGCUGUCGUGCAGUACAAUGACUGGCUGGAAGAGGAGUGCGGAAACAUGGCACGCGAAGGACUGCGGACCCUCGUGGUUGCAAAGAAGUCGCUGACGGAAGAGCAGUACCAGGACUUUGAGAGCCGAUACACUCAAGCCAAGCUGAGCAUGCACGACAGAACCCUCAAGGUGGCCGCGGUCAUCGAGAGCCUGGAGAGGGAGAUGGAGCUGCUGUGCCUCACGGGCGUGGAGGACCAGCUGCAGGCGGACGUGCGGCCCACGCUGGAGAUGCUGCGCAAUGCCGGGAUCAAGGUAUGGAUGCUAACAGGCGACAAGCUGGAGACAGCCACCUGCGUCGCCCAAAGCUCACGCCUGGUGCCUCGGACACAGGAUACUCACAUCUUCAGACGGGUAACCAGUCGGGGAGAGGCACAUUUGGAGCUGAAUGCAUUUAGAAGGAAGCAUGAUUGUGCCUUGGUUAUAUCUGGGGACUCUCUAGAGGUUUGUCUAAAGUACUACGAGCACGAGUUUAUGGAGCUGGCCUGCCAGUGCCCCGCCGUGGUGUGCUGCCGCUGCUCGCCCACCCAGAAGGCCUGCAUCGUGACGCUGCUGCAGCAGCACACGGGGAGACGCACCUGCGCCAUCGGUGAUGGAGGAAAUGAUGUCAGCAUGAUUCAGGCAGCGGACUGUGGGAUUGGGAUUGAGGGAAAGGAGGGGAGGCAGGCCUCGCUGGCGGCCGACUUCUCCGUCACGCAGUUCCGGCACGUCGGCAGGCUGCUCGUGGUGCACGGGCGCAACAGCUACAAGAGGUCGGCGGCCCUCGGCCAGUUCGUCAUGCACAGGGGCCUCGUCAUCUCCACCAUGCAGGCUGUGUUUUCCUCGGUCUUCUACUUCGCAUCUGUCCCUUUGUACCAGGGCUUCCUCAUGGUGGGGUAUGCGACCGUGUACACCAUGUUCCCCGUGUUCUCCUUAGUGCUGGACCAGGACGUGAAGCCAGAGAUGGCGAUGCUCUACCCGGAGCUGUACAAGGACCUCACCAAGGGGCGAUCUUUGUCCUUCAAGACCUUCCUUAUCUGGGUGCUCAUCAGUAUCUACCAAGGCGGCAUCCUCAUGUACGGGGCCCUGGUGCUCUUCGAGUCUGAGUUCGUCCACGUGGUGGCCAUCUCCUUCACCGCGCUGGUGCUGACCGAGCUGCUGAUGGUGGCGCUGACCGUCCGCACAUGGCACUGGCUGAUGGUGGUGGCCGAGUUCCUCAGCCUGGGCUGCUAUGUGUCCUCACUUGCUUUUCUCAAUGAAUAUUUUGGUAUAGGCAGAGUAUCUUUCGGAGCUUUCUUAGAUUUUACCUUUGUCACCACCGUGACCUUCCUGUGGAAAGUGUCGGCUAUCACCGUAGUCAGCUGCCUCCCGCUCUAUGUGCUCAAGUACCUGAGACGCAAGCUCUCUCCUCCCAGCUACUGCAAGCUGACCUCGUGAGGGGCCGCACACCCCACAGGCUGGCCCCGGCCCCGCUGCCCUUCCCAGUGACCACAGGGUUUGCCAUUGCUGCCAAGCGAGUGCCACAAGCAAGGGAGGGCACACUGGGCAAGGCCAGCGCACAGGUGCUGGGACGGCCUCCCCCGCCUCUCAGUGUGGGGCGUCACCCCUGCCAGGCGAGCCCAGGGCACAGAUGCUGGGACAGGCACUCCCUCUCAGUACGGGGCUUCACCCCUGCUUGCUUUCUUCUUUUGUAUUCUUUCUCAAAAUUUUAUUACCAUACUGAAGCAGCUUGAGUCUCUACUGAGAACGAGCCCUAAUUACUUCAGUAUUACUGUAAAGGGUUUGUCUUACUCUGGCAUUCUGAGAAUUAGAAUGAAAGUUUGAUGUCUGCAGUUCCCUAACAUUCACAUUCUUUCUUUGAUGUUAAAACACAAAGUCAUUCCUACUCAAAUGUCAUAAAAUGCAGGCUCCACG